AUGACAAAGGAAAAUAUUAUGCAAAUGAUGAACAUGCUAAAGUUCGGGAUUAGCACUUCACAGAUAUUUGGUCUUCUAACUAGUCAAGCAGGUGGGUAUGAAUUUGUCGACUAUAGUCCCAGAGAUAUGUACAAUGAGAUUGCUCAGCAAAGGCGUCAAGUUCUUGGUGAUGCAGCACGAGUGUUGAAGAAGUUGGAGGAUAUGCGGUUGAAAGAUCCACAAUUAUAUUUCAAGGCAUGUCAUGAUUCAAGAGGUUUGUUACGUAACUUGUUAUGGUCUGAUGAGAUUAGCCAACUAGACUACCAACUCCUCGGAGAUGUCAUUGAUUUUGAUGCUACGUACAAGAAGAACAAGUAUAGUUGUCCAUUAGUCAUAUUCAGUGGGGUUAACCACCACAACCAAACAAUUGUUUUUGCUGCUAUGUUAAUUAUGGACGAAACUACUGAUACAUAUAUUUGGCUCCUGCAUCAGCUCAUGUUCACCAUGAAGGGUAAGACCUCGACUUCAAUAAUAACUUAUAAGGCCAUGGCGAUUAGGAAUGCAGUAGAUGUAUUUUCCGAAGUUAGACAUAGAUUAUGCGCUUGGCACCUUAUUCGAAAUGCGACUAGCAAUGUUGGAAAUCCAUCGUUUACAUCUAAAUUCAGGAAAAUCAUGUUGAGAGACUACGAGAUUCAUAUGUUUAAGCGUAAGUGGGUUCAGCUUAUUGAAGAAUUUGGCCUUAAGGAUAAGCCGUUGGUGAACAACAUGUAUGAAGAGAAGCAUAUGUGGGCUACUGCAUAUAUAAGAGGUAAGUUUUUUGCUGGCUUUAUAACUACCUCAAGAUGUGAAGGUUUACACUCAGUUGUGGCAAGGUAUGUGGAAUUGCAGUAUGAUUUGAUAAGUUUUGUAGAGCAUUUUCAAAGGUGUGUUGCACGCUUGUGCUUUAAAGAAUUUAAUGCUGAUUAUGAAUCUACAUGUGGGGUGCCCGUCAUGCAGACUUGUAUAGAGCUGUUAGAGAGAUUUGCUACUGAGGUAUACACUCAUGAGAUAUUUCUAUUGUUUCGACCAUUUCUUUCUAGAGCUGGAUCAAUGUGGGUGCUAAACAUAGAGGAUAACAAUGAUUGCUCAAAGUACAUUGUGUGUAAGCAUGGGAGGCCCGAUUUUCUGUGGACCGUUGAAUUUCGUCAAGAAAAAAUGAUCUUCAUGUGUUCUUGUUUAAGAAUGGAGUCAUUUGAAAUUCCUUGUGAGCAUAUUGUGAAAGUUCUGGUUGACAAAGACAUUUGUGAGAUUUUUCCAUCAUUAGUGUUGGAUAGAUGGACAAAGAAGGUGAAAUAA